CGCGGGGCGGGCGCUCCCCGGGGCAGCUCCGCGCCUCUGCGCGGGCACCGCGCCUUCGCACGGCCGCACACCCAGGCUCCGCUUCGCCUCUCGGAGCCGUCCCGGGCAAACUCCGGCUGCGGAGCCUCCCCCCGAACGCCCCGGCGGGCUGGGCUGCGGUGGCACCGCUCCCUUAAAGGCGCCGCGCCCGUGCGAGUUCGGGCUGAGCGCGCUGCACACACCGCUGCCCGCGCAGAGCUACGCGGCGCCGACAGCCCCGCGCCCGACCUCCGCCUGCCUGCCAGCCUCGGCGGGGAGCAAAGCGCUUGGCAUGUAGGAGCGAAGAGAGGGAAAAGCGGGCAUGGGGAACCAGGUGGAGAAGCUGACCCAUCUCAACUACAAGGAAGUUCCCACGGCCGACCCGACAGGUAUGGACAGAGAUGAAGGGCCCAGGAUCGGGGUCUCCUACAUCUUUUCGAAUGACGAUGAUGAGCUGGAGCAGCAGCAGGAUUCCGUGCAUGACCUGGGGGGUGAGAACCCUGCCCUGCAGCCCUACGAUCCCCAGCUGCACGAGGUGGAGUGCUCAGUCUAUUACCGGGAUGAGUGUAUUUACCAGAAGAGCUUUUCAGAGGAGGACACGCAGCUAGAGGAGGGUGAUGAAGGAGGUGGGGGGCAUCUGAGCACCUACACCCCGGAGAACCUGCUGAAUAGGUGUAAGCCAGGUGACUUGGUGGAGUUUGUGUGCCAAGCCCAGUAUCCGCACUGGGUGGUCUAUGUGGGGGAUUUUCAAGUUGUGCACCUCCAUCGGCUGGAGGUGGUGAACAGCUUCCUCACCGAUGCCAGCCAGGGCAGACGCGGCCGCAUUGCCAACCGGCUGUACCGCUACAAGCCCCUCAGCCCGGCCGUGGUGGUGCGCAAUGCCCUGGAGCAGGUGGGUUGCAAGGAUCGGGACUUGAGCUGGAGAAACUCGGAGUGUUUUGCUGCCUGGUGCCGAUACGGCAAACGAGAGUUUAAAAUCGGCGGGGAGCUGCGCAUAGGCAAGCAGCCCUACCGUCUGCAGAUCCGGCUGGGGGACAAGCGCAGCCACACACUGGAAUUUCAGAGCCUAGAGGAUUUGAUCAUGGAGAAGAGGAGAAAUGACCAGAUUGGUAAGGCUGCUGUGAUCCAGGAGCUCUCCAGCCACCUGCAGGCUGCAGAAGAAGAGGAGGAGGAAGACCAUCAUCAUCCAGGUGCUCAGACUGCUGUGGAGUAGCAGCCUCAGCACCACCAUUCUGCUUAGCCUGGGUGAUGGGGAUUAAAACUGAAGGCUGCGAAAUUGAGCUGUUAUAAGCCCUUUGGGCUGCUUCGGUGCAGCUUCAUUCCAGUCACAUGUGAAAGGAAGGGAGAAAGCUGCUUAAGUGUCUGUGCUUUAGUGCUUAACUCCUUCAGUGCUUGAUGAUAAAACCCCUGACUUAUUUGUAGAGGAUAAAACUCAGGGCAAUUCUACCCCUCUCCUCUCUCACUUCUUUCCCUUCCUCUCUGCCAUGUUCGCACAUAGCCUUUUCCUCAACCAUCUGCCAGUAGGCCUGACCCUACAAGCUGCUAAAUGCCUUUGACAUCUGCUUAUCAGCAGAAGUUAAUAGUAUUCAAUGCCAUUAAGAAGUAGGCAACAACUUCCAUGACAUGACCGUGUAGCUCUGAACAUGAGGAUAUUGUUUUCCCUUCUCUGCUAUUGUUUCUCUUCAGCUGCAGCUUCUGUUGGUAUUGCAAGGAGCUGCUUCUCGACUGGUUCAAGGCUUUGUGGGUUUGGUAACCAGUUCCCCAGAAGGUGUAAGGCAGAAGCCUCCACUGAUUUUAAUGAAAUGGGUUUGAUGUGCCUAGUGCCUUCUUAAUUGAUAGGAGGUUGCAGGUGGGCUGGGGGACCUCCUCCUUUGCCAUCAGUGUGUGGCUUUGGGGACAGAAGAUGUGUUUGUUGCCAACAGGUCCCAGAGAAGGAAGUCUGCCACCCCAGUUACACUCUGCACACUGGUGUGUGUUGGGACUCCUGCAGGCAGAUGCUGAGCUGUGUCAGGGCUCAUUACAGGCUGCCUUGACUUCUCCUAAAGCAAGUGGCAAAGCUCCUGAGUAUGUCUGUAAUACACACAGAGGCAGUAAAGGCAGGUUGCUUAUGUGUAAGAGUAUGUCUUGAGUAAGCUGUCCCUCAAGAGGGUGACCUCUUGGUUGGAUGCUUCUGGCUGUGAGCGUGCCACAGGUUCAGCAACACAGUGAAUGCAGCUGUGAUGGAAGGGAGCACAGGCUGGAAGACAUUACAGGCAGAGGGGCUUGGGUGUUCCAAAGCAGUUUCCUCUUCAUUAGGGAUUUCAUGUUCCUUUUUUUUGCUAAUUUCCAUGGUAUGCAGCUGAGCUAUAGCAUUAGAGGAAAGGACAUGCCUCCAAAGUUAUGCAAGUCCCUCAUGAAGGGGGAGUGUAGCGCUACCUGCCCUGAAUAUUCCCUGAACUUUUAUUCAGCUGUUGAACUGAUCUCUCACACAGGCAGCCCUGUCAGAACUUUGUCCUGGCGUCUGGGUGUGUGAACAAGCACUGAUUUGGAGGCAGUUUCUAAUUCAAAAUUUCUUCCCCUUUAAAACCAAUAUGAGGAUGUGAAGUUGAAGAUAAGCUUGAAUUCAUUUAAGUAAUGGAAACUAACAGUGUGAUGUAAACUUGAAGCAUAAUUGGUAUGGUCUUCCCCAAAGCUGUUUACAGUUAUACAACAGAGUACUCCAUGUCCUUUCCACCUGUGUGACAGGAGCAAAGUUUGUUUUUUAAAAACAGGUAGAUAUAAGCUUUUUGAUUAGUUAAGACUAUAUGAAGCAACUUUGCCAACUUAAGCCAAGUGGAUUGUGGUGUCCUGCUUUCUGCCUAAAAUAUGUAAGCUAGGAUUUGGCCUGUGAAACACAAAUCCAGGGCAGAGUUUAAUACCAAGCUCCCUUAGAGUGCUAUAGCUCAGGUGCCUACACUAAGUGUGGCUUUUUUCACCAAUAUGCAAUUGAGGUGUACUCAGGUUACUGUGGUUGUUGAGCAGAUGUCUAACCUUAUUUUGAAAGCAUAUCUAUCCACAUCUAAUUGUGAUAGGGUUAAUAUGUGGAAGUCUGCACCAGGUUUUAUACAACUACUAGUAACUACUGAAAGCUGAAAUGCUCAUUGAGACAGUCUGAAAAAGAAUGAAGGAGAGUUUCUCUGUUGUACUUCUGAAUGAUAUGAGACAACAGAUUAUCUAGACCAUGAGCAAAUGUCUAGCUGUGGUUUCUUUCGUACUGAAACCUUGUACAUAACAAAGUUUAUUUCACUGUGUAACAUAGCUAUGUAAAAUAAUAUUUUCCUAGAGAUAUUUUUGGAAGUUAAAAAAAAAACCCUUCAUAACCUUGCAUUUGAAAGUAAAUUGUUAUGCACGUUAUUUUCCAGUUCUCUGAAUGGGUUUAUUUUUCACUCAUGAUCUAAAGUAUAUUCUAGGUCAUAAAGUAUAGAAACUGCUAUAAAUGUCAAAUAUUAUGUAUCUACAAGGUACUAAACAGUAAACUAGUUGUGAAAAUAUUUUUCCCUUGUGUCUGAAACAUCAGGACUAUGACACUUAGCCAUUUCUUUCUUUCUGAGAUAUCCUGAAUAGUCUGGCUUUGUUUUAUAUUCUUUUUUUUCUUUUUGUUUAUUUUGCAUUUUGUGGUGUUUUUAAAAUUUUAAUUAAAAAAGGAUCAAAUCUGCUUGGGAAUGGAGAGCAAAGCUUCUUUGACCAACUGAAAUCUUGUCUUGUGCUGGUCUUGGUGCUUCUCUGUACCGGUCAUGCCUUUUGGGAUAAAUUCCCCCACAGGCACAAGGCCUUAGCAAAGAAUUCCAGAGCUUACAGUGCUUUGCUAGGAGAGAGAGUGAAGGAGGAGCUUGCCUCACAGCAGAGUUUGGCGUGCAUGCUGCUGUGUUAUAAAACCUCUGUGCUCCUCUGACACUUGCCAUACAGAUAUUUGAUAUUUGGAAUCAUAAAGUUUCCCUGCAAGCUAUGUUUGGGAAUUUAUUGUCCCCUGACAUUCUAUUAUGUGUAAAAAUAGAAGAGGGUGGAAAGCUUGGCAUUUUUAAAAAUUUUGUCUGAAAGAGGUAGCCCUCCUACAGGGAUUUCUUAUUCCAGCAGGUAAAGAUGCAACUCUUGAAUCUUUAACAAGCAGGUCCUUUUCCCCUACCUGUUGAUUAGGCAGUGUUAUUUAAUAGGUGCUACUAAACACCACUGCACACAUUUCUAAGCAGUCUGGUUUUGAAGCCAUGGACCUGUAAUGACCUGGAUGUGAGAACAGAAAUUGCUGUAGAAGCACAUCUCAACUGUUUGGUUUCUUGUCUUUGCUGUACUUUGCUCAGUUACUGUCUGCAGAGUAAGCUGGGAUUUCUGGAGCUUGAUUUUUUAAAAAAAAAGAUCUCCCAGGAAAACUGACUCUUUUGUAUGUCUACUGCAGGACUUUUACAUAGAUCACAAAGGAGAGAGAAGAGGAAUAGAUAAAGUGCUCUUCUCUGCAUCUGCUUUAACAUAGAGAAAUGCAGGUGUGAUCCUUCUGCAGAGCUUGUGCUUCAGCAAAGGACUUAAGUCUAUAUUGAGUUUAAAGUUUUGAGUAGACCAUGCCUACUUGAGGCCACUUGAGAAUCAGUAAGCCUAUUCUUAUGCUUGGAAUUAAGUGUAUCUUUACAUUUCUUUAUGAAUGAGGGUCUGGAAUUUCAAUAUGAUAUCUCUGGUGGGAACGUGGAACUUCUGAGGUUGCAUUAUCAACAGGGGAGAAUAAGUAGUGCAGUGAAAGGUGUUUCUCAAAGGGCCUCUUGUCCAAACAGAGCUGGUAGAACCCAGCCCAAACUUUGGCCUCAGUAUCCCUCUGGAAAUGCAGGAGCUGCACGGAUUUGGUGAGAGGUGUGUUACACAGCAGUUGUAAGCUAAGCUGGUGAUCUGCUGCAGAUUCCUCCAGUAUCUUUGUCUCGUCAUGCUUGAACUUUCCCUUGCUUUUUUAACAUUUAAAGUUAAUAUAAUUUGUUUUAAAAACCCUUUGAUUGUGCAAACAUUAAUCUGUAUGAAUUAACUCAUUUGGGCAUAUCUACUGCUAUGAAUAUCAAUAUGCACAUGUGAAAGCUGGCAAGGCUUAGCCCCAGAUGUGUAAAUGUAGCUCCAGCUAGGAAAUGUAGAUGAGCACUCUUAUUUCCCUGGAGUAUUGGUGUGUUUGAUGCAAAUAAUGCCUUGGAAAAGGCGUUGUAGUAAAACGUACAAUUAUCUGUUGAUUGAGUAAUUUUAAAAACACAAUUUAGACAUUCACCUUCCGUGGCAGUGAACAAAGACGUAAACUGAAGACUAUUUUGUUAUCCCUGAUUCUGUGUGAAUGCAAAGUAUUAAUUACAGCAACUCUAGAACUCCUCUGGCCAAUGUGGUAGGCAGCUGCCGAGUAGGCAGGGAAAACUCCCAAAAGCUACUUCAAAAACUGUACUUUCUUACUUGGAAAAAUACAUUCUUCAGACUGAAGGACCCUAGGCUGUGGAAGUAAACUUUAAAUUGUGUUGUACAAAUGAAACCAUAGGCAAACUCCUUUUGUUCAUAUGAUUUCACCAUUCCACUCAGUACUAUAAUAGGUGAUAUUGUGUGAUUAAUCUGUUUCAGAUUUUGAAUGUAAUGGUGGUUUUCUUUUUCUCUUCUCCUUUGGUUACGUUGUGCCAAAGGUCUGUCCUCGGGUAUGUGAAGUGUGUUGUCGAGUGGUUUCCCACGUCUGCUUUUCUGACAAUUAACAGCACCAACCAUAAAGCUAACAGCCAUGUAGGAACAAAUAUUUUUGAAAGCAAAAUUUUAAUUUUGUAUAAGAGAUCAGAGACUAGUAACUAAGUAGAGGUAAGAAAUACAUUGUUUCCAACAGCAGUUUCUACUUGUAAGAAAUCUAAUAUUAAUUGAGUAUGCUUGACUACUCUUAAAAAUCAGUGUGUGGUGAUAAGGCGAGGAGUAUUGUAUCAUGGGCUUAGACUUUCAGAUUAGGCUUUUUCUUUAACUGUGAAUAGGAAGAAAUCAGGGUGAUUUUGAACACCAGUGGUUUAGAUGGUUUAAAUUCCUUUGCAUUAAUACUGGAUUAGAAGCUUUCUUUAAAUGCACACUUGAAAUUCUUAACAUUGUAACACUUCAUGAAAUCAUCCACAAUAAGAAGUGUAAUCACAAAUAUGAUUUUUUUUCUACCAUGAGCAUUUUCUGUAAGCUGUCUUUUGUCAGUAAAUGUUGAAUUGUUAGUGCAAAUAUCUUCUUUUCCUGAGAAAGAAGUACACAUCAUUGAUUGUACCAUUUCCUUCAAAAUGAAGGGCAUUUCAUAGUAACUCAAAAGAAAUAAAAGAUUUAUAGUGUCUUUUA